UACCGGGACAAACGGGAGAUCAGUGUUGUGCCUUUAGUUAAGUGGUGAACAGGUUCAAUAGAAACAUAUUAUAGUUCGUGUAAUCGUUCAGUUUGUUUUUUUUUUGCUUUUAACCGUUAACUUACACUCGCACAUCACCCACGAUGAGGAAACUUGUGUUCACGUGCCUUUUGCUUGCCGCAGCCCAAGCCGCGUACGGUCACCCCGCCGCCGACGAGGGCGCAGCGCCCGCCGCCGACGAGACCGCCGGACUCGAAAAGGUCUACAAGGUCCUACAGGAGUGCUCCGAGAAGAACAUGGCCGUUUGCUUGAAGAUGAGAGCCCUGCAAUACGUGGACCGCGCCCUCCGCCGUUCCGACAACAUCGACGUGCUCGACGGCAUCACCCUGGUGAAAUCCGAAUCUGUCGAAUCAUCCCGAGGACUCAACGGCCGAUCCCUGUCCGAAUCCGAGUUGGACGACAACUCUGCCAGCGAUGAGGUCGAGAAAGACGCCCAAGUCGAAAACCUCUUGUUGGACCGCGUCGCCAGGUUCUUGGAAAGCCACACCCUCCAACUUAAGGUGCCCGAAUCCAGCAUCUCCGGCAUGAGGAGGUCCCUCGAAGAAGCCCGAGGCAAGAAGAAGAAGCAACAGAAAAUGUUGUUGCCUUUGUUGAUGAUGCUCAAGAUGAAGGCCAUCGCUCUCGUGCCCUUGGCCAUCGGCGCCCUAGCCUUGUUGGCGUUCAAAGCCCUCGUGGUCGGCAAGAUCGCCCUCGUCCUGGCCGUGAUCAUCGGUAUCCAGAAACUGUUGGCCAGCAAACACCACCCGUCCGUCGAAGUCGUUUCUCACCCGCACUACACCGAGGAACACGGACACCACUACGGACGGUCCAUGGACGCCCAAGACAUGGCGUACCGCGGCCAACAUUAACUUACUUACUUGACGGCCAUAGCUAGAACCUAUCCAUUACCAUCACGCCCGUUUACCAUCCGACGAUGAUAACUUAUUUGUAUAUAGACAACAACAACGCCUAAAACUUAAUUUAUUGAAGAACAUUAUUUUUUUUUUAAUUAUUAUUUUUAUUUUAUUGAUACUGCCCGACAUAUUUUACUCUUGAUACUUUGAUUCUCUCUCUCUAUUUCUCUCUCUUUUUUUCUCGUUUCAACACUCGUUUGUUGUCCAUCGCGUAGACGUUGGCCGAUAACGGGUUCUGAUACUGGUUUAGAAUAAAAUUCACAUUUAUAAGCGUUGACGAUUAUAUAGUACUCCAACACCGGGCGGUCGUUAUAAAAAUUAAACGCAAGUUAACCUAUUGACACACAGACAAGCGGUGUUUAAAUAGGUCGUCUUGAAAAUAAUAUUAACAAGGUAAAAAAUUCCAAAACUCGUUCCAACCAUAAAAUAAUAUACGUAUACACUAUUAAUUUAGUAGAAAUUAGAAAUGCGUUCAUUCGCUUCGCGCCACCUUGACCUUUCACGCGACGAUAUAGACCCUACUCGUUUUACCAAGUACGUAGGUACCCAGUAGUAUACCAGUAGUAGUAUUCACUUCCUCCCAGUAGAAAAACUCACAAUAAAAUAAUAACCGUGACUGACUGUAAUCUUCCCCGACUUGUACGAACCUCCUGUACGACUGACCAAAGACUACUUAGGCCUGACCGAACAGUAUUGCUCAUAAACCAAUUAUAUAUGUUAUUAUUUAUUUUAUUUAAUAUUAUUAUAAAUAGGAAUUUUUACCAUUGUACGUGAUCAAUGUACAUCAAAGACUUAUAUGAAUAAAAAAAAAUAUAUAUAUAUUUGUUUGUAGUACAUUAUCGACUUGUUUCAUACAUCCAUUUAUUCCCCGACUUAACAUGACUCGAACGCUACACUAACUAUUACAACUUCACUCGUUUACUAUACAAUAUCUAUAUUGUACGAUUAAUAAUAAUUUAUUUUGUGCUAUUUGUUUGAAGACUAUUAUUUAUUUUUUAUUUUUUCUUAAUAGAAUAAACAUUUUUAAGAAUAA